ACUUUCCGCCUCUAUCGGGAGUACAAGGACCACGUUCUUGUGAAGGCCUUCAUGGAGUGCCAGAAGAGGAGCUUGGUCAACCGGCGCCGGGUCAACCACACGCUGGGCCCCAAGAAGAACCGGGCCCUGCCCUUCGUGCCAAUGUCCUACCAGCUAUCCCAGACCUACUACAGGAUUUUUACGUGGCGAUUUCCAAGCACCAUCUGCGCGGAGUCAUUCCAGUUUUUGGACAGAAUGCGGGCUGCCGGCAAGUUGGACCAGCCUGAUCGUUUCUCUUUCAAAGACCAGGAUAAUAAUGAGCCCACAAAUGACAUGGUGACCUUUUCACUGGACGGCCCUGGAGGAAAUUGUGUGGCCGUCCUGACCCUCUUCUCUCUGGGCCUUAUUUCCGUGGAUGUCAGGAUCCCGGAGCAGAUCAUCGUAGUAGAUAGCUCAAUGGUGGAGAAUGAGGUCAUCAAAAGCUUGGGGAAGGAUGGCAGCCUGGAGGAUGACGAGGAUGAAGAGGAUGACUUGGAUGAAGGCAUAGGGGGCAAGCACCGGAGCAUGGAGGUGAAACCUGCGCAGGCCUCCCACACCAACUACCUGCUGAUGAGGGGCUACUACUCCCCCGGCAUCGUCAGCACCCGCAACCUCAAUCCCAAUGACAGCAUCAUGGUCAACUCCUGCCAGAUGAAGUUCCAGCUCCGCUGCAGCCCUCUGCCCACCCGGCUCAGGCCCACUGCCGCUCCUCUGGAAGAGCUAACAGUGGGAACCUCCUGCCUCCCUGACACCUUCACCAAGCUGAUAAAGCCCCAGGAAAACACCUGCAGCUUGGAGGAGUUUGUCCUCCAGGUGGAGCUGUCUGGGUAUAGUCCCGAAGACCUGACUGCUGCCUUGGAGAUCCUGUAAGUCAUUAUAGCCACGGGUUGUUUUGGGAUUGACAAGGAGGAGCUGCGCAGACGGUUCUCGGCCUUGGAGAAGGCAGGUGGCGGGCGCACCAGGACAUUCGCAGAUUGUGUCCAGGCCCUUCUGGAGCAGCACCAGGUGCUGGAGGUCGGCGGCAACACUGCGCGCCUGGUAGCCAUGGGCUCUGCCUGGCCCUGGCUCCUGCACUCAGUGCGGCUGAAAGACAGAGAGGACGCCGACAUCCAGAGAGAAGACCCCCAGGCCAGACCCCCAGAGGGGUCUUCCAGCGAGGACAGCCCCCUCGAGGGGCAGGCACCUCCUUCUCACAGCCCCCGGGGCACCAAGAGGCGUGCCAGCUGGGCCAGUGAGAAUGGGGAGACCGACACUGAGGGCACCCAGAUGACCCCUGCCAAGAGGCCAGUACUCCAGGACUCAAACUUCGCCCCCAUCCUUGGGCCCAGAGCUGAAGAUGGAGCAGAAGCCCAGGCCCCAUCUUCACCCCCAGCUCUUGAAGACACCGCUGCAGCGGGGGCAGCACGGGAAGACCUAGAGGGUGUUGGGGAGUUCAGUUCCCCAGGCCAAGAGCAGCUGAGUGGCCAGGCGCAGCCUCCAGAGGGCUCUGAAGACCCCAGAGGGUUCACAGAGAGUUUUGGAGCCGGCAGCAUCUCCCAGGCAGCGCGGGAAAGGGACUGUGAGAGUGUCUGCUUCAUCGGCCGGCCAUGGCGUGUCGUGGAUGGCCACCUGAACCUGCCCGUAUGCAAGGGUAUGAUGGAGGCCAUGCUGUACCACAUCAUGACCAGGCCUGGCAUCCCCGAGAACUGCCUGCUGCGCCACUACCAGGGGGUCCUGCAGCCCGUCGCCGUGCUGGAGCUGCUCCAGGGCCUGGAGUCCCUCGGCUGCAUCCGGAAGUGCUGGCUGAGAAAGCCAAGGGCCGUCUCACUCUUCUCCACACCCAUGGUGGAGGAGGUGGAGGUGCCCUCCAGCCUGGACGAGAGCCCCAUGGCCUUCUACGAGCCCACCUUGGACUGUACCCUCCGGCUGGGCCGUGUGUUCCCCCACGAGGUCAACUGGAACAAGUGGAUCCACCUCUAGGACCCCUAUGGGCGUUCCCUCCCUCCCAGCCACCACCUGCCACACCACUCUGCCUGAUGCUCGGCAGACCCCACUGUGCCCCGGCCUUGGGUCUGCCGAGCCUCCUGCAGCAGGGGACAGGUGCUCUGGCCAGAGUCACAGCCCGACAUGUUUCCCACUGUCCUGGAACUCUGGAAAGAGGGGCUCCCCCACCUGCCUGCUCCCCAGGCUCUUCUGGGCCUGCCCCUUGGGAACUGGCCUCAUCACACCGGGAGUUGGUGCUUGUCUCUGGGUCUCCAGAGUUCGCCCCGCCUGCGCACACCUCACAUUCCAGACUCCAGCCAUCUUGGCAGGAUCUCCUGGCUCCUUGAGUGCCCAAGUGCCACCAAGAGGAAGGGCCUUAUGGGAUAUGCCUUGCAGAAUAGGGAUCGGUGUGCGCUGCUGCCGGGGGACCUCUACAGGGACUGUGGCCCCUUGGCAGGCAGGACAUUCCGACCCCUGGCUGGGACUGAACCACCCAGAGCAGAGCAGCUCCCUUUCCGACCUUGCAAGUCACCUGGCAGGCCCCAGCUGGGCUGGCUGUCCGUGUCCCUCAGCCUGGCUGGUGACUCCCUGCGGGCUGGAAAUGAAGAGUCCCUGUAGGUUUGGGUUUUGUUUGUUUUAUUUUGUUCUUUCACCUUUUUUCCUCAUUAAAAAAAAAAAGUCCCUGUGGAGUGUAUUUAUUUAUUUUUUGAUUAAAGGGAAGUAAAAUGCA